UACACGUGGUCUGGCGUGGUUACACAUGGUCUGCGGUUGUGAUGCCGGUUGGACGUACUGCCAAAUUCUCUAACAUGACGUUCGAGGUGGCUUAUGGUAGAGAAAUGAACAUUAAAUUCUCAGGCAGCAGCCCUGGAGGAAAUUUCAGCAUGUGAAUUGCACGCUCCCUCAAAACUUCAGACAUCUGUGGUGUUGUGUGACAAAACUUCAUAUUUUAGAGUGACCUUUUAUUGUCCUCAGCACAAGGUGCACCUGUGUAAUGAGCAUGCCGUUUAAUCAGCUUCUUGACAUGCCACACCUGUCAGCUGGAUGGAUUAUCUUGACAAAGGAGAAAGACUCACUAACUGGGAAAUACGCUUUCUUGCAUAUGGACAUUUCUAGGAUCUUUUAGUUCAGUUAAUGAAACAUGCCGAAGGCGGGGAAAGGUAAACCAACUCAGAAGGAGAAGGUGUGUCAUCCCUAUAGCAGGAAAGCUGCUUACCUGGCCAGCCAGGAGAUACGUCUGGGAAAGAAGGAGAGACAAAAGAGUGAGAAGGCCACUCGUCUCAACAGCAUUGGUGAUAAGCUGCAGUGGUUUCAGAGCCAGCUGGACUCUGAGAAGACAGAGUUCACCAAACAGGAUGCCUGUCACAUCAUAGAGAGGUACCUGCAGAGGUUUGACGGGGAGUUGGACCAGAUAGAGCUGGUGAACGGGAUCAAAGGUCGUCAGGGUCGUCUCCAUGGCAGCAGGGAGACCGUCAUCAAACAGACUGUUGAGCGAGAGACCGCUCUGUACCAUGGCAACGGCUUCGAGAUUCCAGACAUCAUCAACUCUAAACAUCUCAAGACCUUCAGGGAGUGGAGCGGCGAUCUAAAGAAGCUUCCCAACAUCAAGAUGAGGAAGUUCUCUUCCCGAGGGACGGACAGAACAGGAGGAGGAGAGGAGGAGGAGACCGCUGGAGGAGAGGAGGAGGAGGAAGAGACCGCUGGAGGAGAGGAGGAGGAGACCGCCAGAGGAGAGGAGGAGGAGGCCUUAAUGAAGGACUCAGAUUCAGACGCCCAGGAAGAUGCCCCAUAAUGCUUUGCAUGUUAGAACUCUGGGGAUGUCAGCCAUCCUACCUGACUGGGGUUAAGACAACCUGUGUGUGUGUGUGUGUGUGUGUGUGUGUGUGUGUGUGUGUGUGUGUGUGUGUGUGUGUGUGUGUGUG